AUGUUUUUCACCAUUUCUCGCCAGGUUUUGGGCAGAGGUUUGGCAUCCACUGUCCGGAAGUGCAUCGAAAAGGCCACUGGACAAGCUUUCGCUGUUAAAAUAGUUGAUGUUUCCACAGAAAAGCAGUCAGAGCAUGAAGCGAUUCGUCUCAGACAAGAAACCACUUCUGAAGUUGAAAUAUUGCGACAACUCUCUGAACACCCUUCAAUAAUAACCAUUCAUGGUUUUUAUAUUACUCCGUCGUUUCUUUUCGCCGUUUUCGAAAUGGCGCCUAAAGGAGAGCUCUUCGACCAACUGAACAGUUCUGUAACUGUUUCUGAGAAGAAGGCUCGUCGGCUGAUGCGUCAACUGUUCGAUGGGGUCGCCUUUAUGCAUGACAGAAACAUUGUCCAUCGUGACCUGAAACUUGAGAACAUUUUAUGUAUUGACGAUGAAAGGAUCGUUAUUUCUGAUUUUGGGUUCGCAACCUAUCUCAAAAAGAGCGAAACACUGCGUGAAUUAUGUGGAACACCUGGUUAUUUGUCACCUGAAAUGUUGAAGUGCCAAAUGUAUGAAGACGCACCUGGAUACUCUCAUCCUGUGGAUGAAUGGGCUCUUGGAGUUAUAAUGUACACUUUAUUAGCUGGCUACGCACCGUUCUAUCAUCGAAAGCAGUUGACUAUGAUGCGAAUGAUUCAAGAGGGAAAAUAUGGAUUUCAAGCCGAGCCAUGGUCGACGAUUACCCAAGAAGCAAAAGAUAUGGAGUUGCCAUUUGGUGUCGCACAUAUUUGGUUUCGUUCAUUUCCGCAGAUAUCUGGCUUGUUGCGAGUUACCGUCGAAGAAAGGUUAACUUCGCUAGAGUGUCUACGGAUGCCAUGGAUGAAUCCAUCAGCAGAAAUUUGUGGCAGACUCGACAUGAGGAAGCGUUUCCGACAAGCGAUCGUGUUGGUUCGAUUUUUUUGCCGUCUUCAAAAGUACAAAUAUCUCAAAUCUGUUACUGAUAGGGAAUCUCUUAAAAAGCGUCCAUUUAGAGAUCGUGAUAUACGACAUGAGGCUGAGUCUGCCAUAUUUUCUGUAUACGGUCACUGGGUAAAUCGCGGAUUCUAUUAUUCGCGGGAUAUGCUUUUUGCUAACAAACCGCGUCCAAAGUACAGGAAGGGGAAUUAUACUACUUCUCGUGAGAAUGCAUUGUAA